CUAUUCGACCAUAUUGCGCAAUGUAUCGCGCUCUUCACCGAGGAGCAAUUCGGUAAAGGUGUAAGGAAGAAGCUGCCGCUUGGAUUCACUUUCUCAUUCCCUUGUAAACAAGACGGCCUAACAAAGGCCAAGUUGAUUCACUGGACAAAAGGAUUUAGCGCUAGCGGCUGCGAAGGUCACGAUGUCGUGCAAUUGUUGCGAAGAGCAGUCAGAAAGCGUGGAAUUGGCGUCAUCGUUGGAACUGGCACAAACGCCUGCUAUAUGGAGAAGCUAGAAAAGGUUCCAAAGCUGAAAGGCGAAUGGGAAAAUGAUGGAUUCCCGAACGAAAUGAUUAUCAAUAUGGAAUGGGGAGCGUUUGGUGACGAUGGCAGUAUAAACUUUGUAGUCACAGAGUACGACAAAUAUGUCGAUUCCUCCAGCAUAAAUCCAAGAAAACAACUGUGA